AUGUCCUCGCUUGCUGCUGGUCCCGCUGCUCCUGGCAGUGGUGGCGACGACCAGGAGACUCGCGCUGAUCAACAGGAUCCCCUCGUUGUUAUCGCGGACACCGACGAGAGCAGCAGCGCAGCAGUUGAGAACCGACAGCCCAAGGAUGCCGGCGACCACGAUACGAGCAGUACCACGGUCGUGCUGACCUUUUCCGACGUGCCCCACGAAUUGGUUCGUCUCGGCGACUUUGAAUCGCAACAAUCGCAUCCACCGCAGCAACAGCAGCAACAGCAACGACAGGACGCGCAUGCCGACACAGCCCACAUCCACAUUGGCGGCCGCCCAAAUAGCUCUCCUUCGGGACAGCAACAGCAUCGGCCAGAUUCGCAACUUCAACAAUACCAGCAACAGCAACAGCUGCACAACUUCCCACGACUACACAAACAAAUAUCCGCCGAGAGUCUCACCAGUUCAAACCCCGCCCAUCGCGUUCGCAAGCCUUCGCCCGGCCUCGCAGCGCGAUUAAAAGCUCUCGGGUUUGGGUCGCGCAAGACGAGCCCACCACCACCCACGAUCCACCUCGAACCCGGCCGGCUCCCAGAAGAAGCGCUGAGGCGACUCGACCAAGACCAUCUCGCGGGGUCCGCGCAUACCGUCGUCGAGCGGCGGGGCCGCCCGUGGAAGGGUGCCAUCGCCCGCAUCCCGUCGCUGUCGAGCCUGCGAUCGGACAGGUCAGACAGGUCACAGACCAGGACGGAACCGGACGAGCCCGCGCCCAUACCUGGGCCAUCGCCCGAAGUAGUCGUCACCGUGCCGAAGCCCGACCUCCUCCCCGAGAUUACCGCCACAGAGCCACUCGAGAUGGACACACACAAGUACCGCCUGCCGGACCACACGAAUGGGAAUGGCGUCAAGGCGCAGCCCGGGACGCGCCACGAGCAUAUCGCGCGGGACACUCGCCCGCCCCAAGCACCACCGCUCACGCCCGAGAUACCACCACCACCUCUACCCAAAGAUACGCCGCCGCUCACACGGCGCCUCACAAAUCCUACCAAUCCUAGCACACCCACCGCGCGCGACUCGUUCAACCCUGACAGCAUUCCUUUUAACCCCCUCGGCCUGCAACGGGCAGGAUCGAUCUACACCUUAUCGCGGGCGUCGUUCGCGAACCAGCUCGCACAGCUGACGUCCCUGCAACUUCCCGACGCUGAUUCCCUCUCCAACAAAGUCUCCGCGAUCCCGACUGCCCAGGCUGCGACGACAGCGCUGAUAGGGGCCGCCGACCAGAUCCGCGGGUGGAUCUCCAAGGCGUCCGAAGUGAUCGGGGGCCUCGAGAGCGAUGACGACGUCGAAUGGGCCGCGGCGGGUGGCCGCGAGGGCGUCGAGGAAGUCGAAAACGCCAUCAUCCGCUUCGAGGAGCUCAUCAAGGUCUACGUCGGCGCCAUCGAGGACCUGCAGUGCCGGGAAGAUAUAGCAUACGUCUCGGGCGAGAACCUCCGGCGAGCGGUCGAGCAGAUGGAGGCUAUCCUCGAGGAGUGGACCGGGAUGCGCAAGACGCUGCAAAGCGUCAAAGCCCAGGUUGAGAUCGCCAUGGAAUGGGAAGAGUUGUGGAACAUGGUACUCGGCGACAUCCAGAACGAGAUGGACGAGCUGACCAGGCUGGUCUUUGAGAUGGAGGAGCGCCGGCACAAGUCCAUCCUGACUGUGCCUACUGGUGAUGGCAUGGAUAUUGGUGACCUCGAGACAAUCGUUGAGGACACGCCGCGCGCCUCGGUCCGACUACAGCCAUCGAACAACCGGUUUAGCAUGCCCGUGUUCCCUGCUAGCCCGACGUCGCCGUCGCCAACAGCCACGACCCCGAUGGGGAUUUCCCAGGACGACUCGAGCUUGCUUGCGUUGUUUGCGAGGAUGCAGCCGCUCCGGGCUUCGCUGGACUUUUUGCCCAUGCGGCUCUCCGUGUUUGAGAACCGGGCCGACAGCAUCUUCCCGACGGCGUGUGAGGAGCUAGAGAUGCGUCGAUCGGAGCUUGACUCAAACUACAGCAAGCUGGAGAAGGACGCCGAGUCGCUGCGCAAGGAGCUCGGCGAGGACCGCUGGGUGCUGGUGUUCCGCGGGGCGGGCCGCCAGGCGCAGAAGAUGCACGAGUCGGUCGAGCGGAGCGUGGCGAAGCUGCGCGAGGCCAUCGACACGGGCGUGCACCUGACGAACCAGCCCGUGAUGAGCAAGAAGCUGGAGAACUACGAGGCCAAGAAGACGCACUACGGCCCGGCCAUCGAGCGCGUCCUGUCCAUCAUCGACAAGGGCGUCAAGGACCGGCUGACUGUCAACGGCGAGAUCUUGCGGUUGCACGCCGAGAUGCAGGCCAAGUGGGAGGAGCUGAAGGCGGCUAUGGCCGAGAUGGAUGUCGCUGUUGAGGAACUCCAGGCCGACAGGAAGGAACAGCAGUUGCGGGAUUCCGUGUCCAGCAUGGUCUCCAACGACAUGUCAACCCUCGCGAGCGGCCACGAGACCCCGCAAAGCUCCCCGCCCUCGUCCGUCAUCAUGUCGUCCAUGGGACUCAGCAGCUCAACGCACCUCCAGGCCCCAAAACAGCGAUCAUCCAGCUCCCUCGGCCACUUCCCCACCCCAUCCAGCCGCCGCCAAUCCUCCCUCCCUACCCCAAAAAGCCAAGUCACCCGCAAGCCCGUCGCCGCGCGAACAUCCACCUUAUCCGUCCCCAACACCACCCGCGAUGGCUCAGCCACACCCACCGCAGCCCACCGACUGCCCCGACCCUCCUCCUCCCUCGCAACCCGCCCCAAAUGGAACGCCUCCACCAACACAACCGACAUCGACACCGGCCACAACUUCAAACCCUUAUCCCUCACCACCCCGAGCCCCUACGCUAAACGCUCCCCCGUCACGCCCGCCACCCGCUCCUCAGGCUCCAAACUCCCCACCCUACGCACCCCGCUCUCCCGCCAAACAUCCACCUCCCCCAUUCCCGAAGGCUCUCCGACCCCGUCCCGACCUCCUCAUGCUUCGUCAUCAUCAUCCCCGCUCAUGUCCUUCCGCGACCGCCUCGGUUCCCCCGGCGCUCGCCCGUCCAGUCGUGCCUCGUCUCGUCCGCGUCUGGCGCCUUCCCAGUCGUCGUCCGCUACGGCGUCGACUAUUGCCAGCCGGCGCGCUUCGUUGCAGCCCCCGGGGCUGGAGUCGGUUGAAUCUAUCACCCCAGCCACUUCUUCUACAUCAGUGGGUCAUGGCGCAAUCCCCCGUCGCCCGGCGAGUUCCAUGGCUACGGGGAGACGGAGUAGUCUUUUGCCGCAUCCGAGGGGGAGUACGGCGGCUGUUACGCCUUCUAGGUCUUCGAGUAAGGUUUCGCCUGGAAGUGGGAGUGGGAAUGGGAAUGGAGUGAUUACGGGACGGGAGAGUCCGCAGGCGGUGGCGGGCGCGAGGUUUGCGAUGCGUAAGGGGAGUAGUAGUUCGGCUGUUGGGGGGGAGAAACCGAGGGAUUUGAGGCCGCGGUGGAGGGGGUGA